AGCCUUCCCGCCAAAUCGAAACGCUCCCAUCUCGUCUGGACUCUGGAGUCAUCUACGAGCCCUCAUUUUCUUGCCAGACAAACAACACUGAAUUGUCGUCUCAAUGUCUAAGAAAAGAGGCCUUUCAUUGGAUGAGAAGCGGGAGAAGAUGCUUGAAAUCUUUUAUGAAUCGCAAAAUUUCUUCCUUCUCAAGGAACUUGAGAAGUUGGGUCCCAAGAAGGGUGUUAUCAGCCAGUCUGUGAAAGAUGUUGUCCAAAGUCUAGUCGACGAUGACCUUGUUGCAAAAGACAAGAUUGGAACUUCUGUGUACUUUUGGAGUCUUCCUAGCUGUGCCGGAAAUCAGCUGAGAAAUGUGCAUCGGAAGCUAGAAUCUGAUCUUCAGAGUGGUAAGAAGCGGCUUUCUGAACUUGCUGAUCAGUGUGAUACCUUAAAGAAGGGACGAGAGGAAUCUGAUGAGCGAGAGGAGGCCUUAGGUGAGCUAAAAGCCAUUGAACUGAAGCAUAAAGAGCUGAAGGAUGAAAUGGGACAGUAUUCUGAUAAUGAUCCAGCUGCCUUUGAAGAAAUGAAGAAAGCAAUUGAAGUGGCACAUGCAGCUGCUAACAGAUGGACAGACAACAUUUUUACACUGCGGCAGUGGUGUUCAAACAAUUUUCCUGAGGCCAAGGAGCAGCUUGAACACAUGUACAAGGAGGUGGGAAUAACAGAUGAUUUUGACUAUUUGGAGUUAUCAACAGUUCUGCCUGGAACAGUUGGGAAUCAGAUGGCAGAAGGCAAUCCUUAGGCAAUGCCGUCUGGCUUAACAGUUCAUUUCAAUAUGGCUGUCCAAAGGAUGUGCAGUAUUGCCAUCACAAUUCAUAAAACAUAAUGAAUUCUCUUUCCUUCUCUGGAGUGCGGCUGUCUUGAUGGAAGGUUCAUUAAACAUAAUGCUAACUUCAGAGCAUCACAAAUUGGUACCUUCAUCACUCAAUGACUUAAAAGCGGGGUUGUAGUCUGUUAAUACUUAAUAGGAGUAAAGAUCUGUUGAUCAUUCAAUUUUCUCUGUUAUUUUGAUGACAUUACUAUCCAAAAUAAUACAGGGUUGUUUCACAUUUUUUUCCUUGUUUUGGUUCAAAGGCAAUAAUGGAAUGCGUAUGGGGUCUGCCCUGUUCCUUACUCUUUAGACCCCCCAACCCUGAUGGAAGACAGGAGUUGUCAAUACAACCCCAAGAGGUUCACUGGCUAGCUAACAAGCACCUUCUAAAAAUAAACAGGAAAAAUCGAAUAUCACUCUCAGGUUAUAGCUGUCUUGAUAUAUUUGCUUUCCUUGUGGCUUGUUAUAGAAAGAACAUACCCUUUGCAACGAGGAUACUUUUUCUUC